AGCCGCGGACAAGACAGUCGAGCAGUGUCUGGGAUCCUGAGAGGAGCUAUACUGCAGUGCAACUGCUCAUCACACGCAAGUACUCAUAGAUAUUAUAAUGUCGACUCUAAGAAGACUGCUGUUCUUCGGAAUUCUCUGCUUCGGCUUACGCUUCGCCAACGGCCGCGUAGGAAAAAUAGUACACGAACGUUACGUCGAAGCCGUCGAUUCGAAUCUGUACGUCAACAUCAACGCAUUUUGGUCGAAGGAUAACCUCCAGAAUUUAACCUACGUCGCGUGCCCUGGAUCGGACAGCAAAUUUCAGAGGAAUUGCACGGUCGGCUCGCGCGCUGUAUCCUUAGCGUGUCCCGUGACUUUAAAUACCGACCAAUCACGAAUCAUCGAGGAUUAUCUGGAAGUUUUUCCAUUCGGACCGACGAGAGCCAUUAUUUUCUGGGGAGACUAUUAUGGACGCGGUCAACGUACCCACGUCAAAUGCACCAUCGUCGAUUUGAUGACUUGUCAGAGCAAUUAUCUGGAAUUUCCAAUGGCUUCCAAAUUGCCGUACGACUUUAUACUGGCCAAAUCGAAUUACGUGAUUCGCGAUAAUUCAUUCGAGUUCAUGAUCACCGACAAUUCUCACUCGAAUAAUUUGAACAAAUAUCUCAUCGACGCCAAUGGAACUUUAAUUUCCAAGUUAAACCCCUGGUGUAUAACCAGGCGAAUGAUGAAUGCUGCGUAUCCAAUUGUGAUCGAUCAGGAAAUAAAGAGUUAUUUGUACACAAGUUCGAGCCGGGGUUUAAUUUUCCGCCAAUGGAUCUUGGCAAAGUGUAACGGCACCGAGAAAUUACUACAACAGGUGAAUCCGAAUUUUUUCGGUCCGCUUAUCGAAGACAUAUCGACCACUCACAAUACCAUUGGAAUAGCUACGGGCUCAGAUUCAUCCAUUCUUGUCGGUCAGUUCGAUCUGGACGGCAAUUCCAAGUUAAAUAUGACGCUCGACUUUGACUUUGAUUUGGGAAGUGUGUCGAUGCUUAAUCUAGCUGCUGGUGGUUUUGUUUUAACUGUCGAAGGAACAAAAUACGACGCCGACUAUAGAUACAAAAGUAAACAGCUGAAAAUGCUGAAAAUAUCAGCCGAUAAAAAAAUCAUCGGAUCCGUGAAGUGGAUGGAACAGAUAUCCUGCGAUAAUAAAAUUACAAUGCAGUUGUUCGAAAACGAAGCGAAGGAGCAUUGUUUGGCCGCUUUGUGUACCAAUGUCCGAAGGUUCAAUACUGGGUGGACUGCGGGAAAGCAGUUCGCGGAACUCGAGGUCCGCUGUUAUACCGAUAGCGAUUUUACGGCUGAUGAUACACUGUAAUUUUGAUUCUCAUGUUUAUAUACCUUCAAUACACGAGAUGCACUUAUAUGUGGGCCAUUGUGGCAGUGUGUAAUUAUUUACAAUAUAUACAUCAACAAUUUUAUCCA